AUAAGCGAUCGACACCAAUAGAUUGAGUUUAAACGUCUGUAGCUGUCAUUCGUAAACAAUGACUUCUACAGAAACACAAAUUAGUCCCGAAGAGCAACCCCUAGACGAAAAGAAAGUGACACAAAAUGAAUACAAAAAGAGAACAUUCUUUGAAAAACUGCGCUUCAUCAAAUCUAGCAUAACAGUUGAACCUAUCGUCGCCGGUCUAGUCAUACCUUCUAUGCUGGCAAGACUGGCAAUCCAGAAUCUAAAUCUAGACAAAGUGUGUCGAGUAAAAGAGGCGUUCGGUGAUGAAAUAUGCGACGCACUUCUAGUGAAAAAAGACAAUCUAAGCAGUUACGAAGCAGACGUCCAAAAAGUGAUAUCUUCUAUAGAAGCAUGGAAGAGCGUGAUACAAACUGCACUGCCGACCAUCCUAGUCAUAUUCAUGGGGGCUUGGAGUGACAAAACGGGGAAUAGAAAGCUAUGCAUUCUCUUACCACUAUUUGGCGAGUUUCUAGUUUGUGUAAGCAAUAUUAUUAGUACGUUCUUCUUCUACGAGAUUCCUGUUGAAGUGACAAUGUUUCUGGAAGCAUUCUUUCCAGCCAUUACUGGUGGAUGGGUGAUGGUUUAUCUGGGUGUAUUCAGUUACAUUAGUGAUAUAACGACUGCUGAAUCUAGAACAUUUCGUGUUGGCCUGGUAAAUCUCUGUCUGACAGCAGGAAUUCCAAUUGGAACAGCUUUGAGUGGUCUCUUAUUGAAUUUAUGGGGUUACUAUGGUAUCUUCACGAUAUCGGCAUCCAUCUAUUUGAUAACUUUUAUUUAUGGAUUCUGCUACUUGGAGUCUAAUACAAAGAAGAUUGUUGAGAAGGAAAAACCAUUCAAAAUCACAAAUGUCUUUAGUUUAGUGAAGGAGACCGCACAGGUUGCUUUUAAGAAACGGGAAGGAAAUCUCAGAAAAAAGAUUAUCAUAACAUUGUCUAUUGUAGCUAUUGUCUACGGCCCUAACCAUGGCGAGACAAUAAUCACCUACAUGUUUGUGAGAUAUCGGCUGAAAUGGGAUGCUUUAAAAUUCAGUUUCUACUCCACUUAUAGCGUCAUCACACAUUCGCUAGGUGCACUCUUCUCGAUAAGCGUUUUCAGCAAACGAUGGGGUUUUCACGACAGUGUUCUAUGCCUGAUAUCUAUAGUUAGUAAAUUGGUCGGUUCCAUCUGCAUCGCAUUCGUUAGGACGGACUUUGAUAUGUUUAUGAUACCGAUCGUUGAAAUUCUUAAUGCAACAACCUUCACGUCGCUUAGGUCACUGGCCUCUAAGUUGGUGCGAGACGAAGAAAUGGGUAAAAUGAAUUCUCUAUUCAGCUUGGUAGAGACGCUAGCGGCACUGGUCUUUGAUCCCACAUAUACUACGUUAUACGCACAUACAUUGACUGUAUAUUCUGGGGCUGUAUAUAUAUACAGUGCAGCGUUGACUGUACCUGCUAUUGUCAUGUUAUUGUGGAUGUUUACAAAACAUCGAAGGGAGACGAGGGCUAAGCGUAGGGAAGGAAACGACCCGGAGAACUCACAAACAAAAUGAGAUGAUUUUUAAAGCAAUGUCUUAGUUAUCGAAAAUAGCGUGUAGUGCGACAAUUUAUUAUGUAAUUUAAGACACAGUUUCUAGCUUUAUGUAUAAAAAUUUAAAGGGAAAUAUAUAGCUAUAUACGAAUUAGGAAACCAAUAACCAGUGAGCAAUAGAUCUACUUUGAUGGAAAGCGUAACUAACAUUUUGUUUUAUAGGCGAUAGAAGCCUUAGAGUAAGACCAAAUAGACUGAUACAACCAAACCCAUAUGGACAUUAAUACAAUAGCAUAUGAUGACGCAAUAAUGAAUUUGUGUUCAAAAUAUCUGACUUAGUCUUUACUACAUAAAAAUAAUAAAAACUAAAUCAGUCUUAUUAUAUAAAAGAAUUCCCUAUAAAUUUUUAUCACAACGUUGAAAUAAUAUCCACUAUAUUAAAAGUUAUAAUUUAGUUUAAAUAGUGUAAUACACGAUUACUUUAUUAUAAGUCACGACGAUAGCAUAGUUAAUUGUCAUAAUAUGAUCCCGACAGUAGGCCUUAUAUCAAACUUUUAGACUUGAAGAAGCGACGAUAGGAACACAAGUAUGGAAUGAUUGUCAAUAUUCCAAUCAAGUGCCUUCUCUUUACUUUACUCGCAAUUUUCUCUUCACAGUACGAGUGAGAGUUAAAUACACACAUAGAAAGUUAUUAGUGCCGGGGUUCACACCUCUGGGGUGAGAGUCAAAUGCUGAAACCACUAGGCCAACAUUUCUCAUUCAUACUCAUUAGGUACAUUUAUUUAAAACGAUAAAAAAAUCUGAUAGCUUGUGUACAUUACAAUUUAGAACAGAUAGUUUUAUUUGCUAUUGUACUUUUGGCCUGGUGUAAUAUUUGCACUGUUGUAUACUGUGAAUUAUGUAAUCAACUUUGAAUCGCUAGCAUUCACAGUGCUGCAAAAGUUUAUAGAAUUCGAAAAUUGUCAAAAUAAUGUAAUUGAAUCUGUUGUAUCGAGUUAGGGAAACUGUUAAAAAUGAAUUAAUGUAAAUAUAAAAAUGAUUCUAUUUUAAUUAUUAAGUUAACUUUAAUACUAAAGUACCUUUUUAUAGAAUGAUAUUUUACCUUUGAUUAAUAAUAAGUAGUAACAAAUUAAAACGCGCGUAUGGUAACAUCAAGGAUAAAUCUUGAAAGUCAAGAUGAUCUACAUACAGAGAUUAAAAAUAACUCAACCGGUAAUUGUAAUUGGUCAUGUAUGUCGACUUAACAGGCACUGACACAAGUGGGUUUUGUAUCAGUUCCUUUAAAACUUGAGAGACAUAUUAUCUUCGACUGAUUGAGCCAAUUUUUAUGGAGAUUAAAGAAAGUUAAACUGUGACCUGUCUAGAUAUAUUUUUUUAAAUAUAAGUGUAUUAGUAAAGGGCUAUUUCAAUC